GCCUCUCGGUGGUGUCAUCCCUGACAGGAAUUGAGAAUUCACCCAUUUCAUUCUGUAUUUCAGGCGUCUCAUCAAAUGUUUUGCCUAGUUCCCGUCUUUGAUUGCAGCGGGCGAGAUAGAGGUCUCGUGAAAAUCAUGAGGGCGUGUUGUCUCUAGAUAAGAUUAGGCUCCAUACGGUGCACCUGCAGAUCAUGAGCUAAACUGAAGAUCUAAACCAUAGUGUUGGUGGGCCUUGUCUGACAAGCACGUGUUGCUAUUUUUUAUAGUUGACUGCGUGAUGUUCAUGUGAAACUGUUACAGGGUCGAAGGCCGAUGAGCUGCAAUUUCGGAGAAAGGAUGGACAUGUUAGCGGUCGGUGUUUAGGCGCUGUCGAUUUAGUUUUUACGAGAAAAUAUACCAUAAAACAAUGUAUCAAACAAUGAAACGAACGAUCUUUAUCAAUGUACAUGUCAAGUUAAUCGACUCUUUUAAUUAUUUCAACGCUCUUAGAGGCAAAGGCGGAAGUUUCCAUAGAUACCACACACCAUCGUACUUGAAGCGUAUACAACCAAGCCACAAAACCACGGGAUUAGCAAGUGACUUCGUACGACAGUUCGUGGUAAGAGAGGAAGUGACAUGACGGAGGCUAAUGUGAAGGUUAAUAGAGCAAGAUGAAGAGCGAUUUUAUCAUACUUUACGAUCAUAUGAGACUGACGAAGAUUGAGGUUCAAUAGAAAGACACAUCAUUGUGCUCAAUGUCGACAACAGCUGCAAAUCGACGUGAACAACGAUGGAUCAAUGUUGUUGUAUUAACAUGGAUCUAAACAAUUUUUGGAGCAGUUCGUCGCGAUGAAGACAUCGACAUUCGGAAGAUUUGACCCAGUCAACUUUGUAUCUCUAUUUCUGUGGUCUUUGAUCGAAGUUUCAUCGUCUAGCAAUGCUACACAAGGUAGGGUGAAUCGUGAGGGAGUGCCAAAGGCGUAAAUUCUUUUGCAGGUGAAUAGAUCAAAGGCUGUCCAAAUACGUUCUUCCGUUAUACCUCUCCGCCGCUCCGAAAAUGUAGCACAACCGCUUAAAAAAAAAUCAAUUAAAGAGAGUAAAUACUGUCAAGCUCUCUUUCUGCAUGUGACAUAGAUACGUUGUUAUUGAAUUUGAUUCGAUGCGGUACCUCCUUUGCUUGGGUUAAUAUUUGAUCAUAUUUCUCAUAAGUUGUUUUCAACUCGUGAUCACACCUGUAAUCCAUAACGCAGUGCGCAAGAUAGCGCAUAUAUUUGUAAGGGAAAACUUACCGAUACAGGCCCAGUUUAUAUUCUUUGUAAAUUGACACUAAACCAUACUAGAGGUACGUGACUGCGUCGACUUAAAUUCUUCUCGCGCUCUCUCGAAUACUAAUUUGUUACACACACGCGAAAGAUAUCUGUUGUCACGUUCAGUGUACAUUCCUUGCGUUUUGGAUGGCUUAAAAGUGCCAUAGUCAACAUCGACUUGUCAAGUAUUUUGUUUGUUUUUUUGAGAUUUGCAACGUCAAGAAAAUAAAUAUUUGACGGCAUUGCAUUCAAGUGGCGUGAUUACACAAAAUCACCAUAAAACAAUGAAAAGGACGAGAAAAUUCAUAAUCCAAUGUCUUGCGACCAAUCUGAUUAUUUCCUGAAAGGGAUUAUGUGUAGAUACCCAGAUCAGAUGGUCACACAAUUCGUUUGUUUUCCGGUCUGAAGUAUAUGGAAAGUUGAAAGGAAUUACAGUGUAGCUCCAACACAAAAGAUGCGAAGCUGUUAAGCAUACUAAUUUUUCCCUGAUACCGUUGAUUUCAACCCUCCUUCCCCUGUUAAAUUUCGCACUCUGUUUUCUGCAAUUUUACAACACUGGAUAUGGGAAGGGGGCCAUUGAAGCAAUCUUUCCUUCAAUUUAAAUUUUUAUUCCUAAAUGCUUUUUCAAAGAUGGCUACAGCUGUGCGUAGAUGUUAUGUUUCAAACAGUCUGUCACCAUUGAUCAUGAAGUGUCUCGCUGGCCUCUUCCAUCUCAGUUUGUUGAUUUAUUCUGUCUUGGUGCUGACAAAAAUUUCAGUGUUAAUACAGUCGUAGAAUCUAGAGAGAAAUAUGUGUUUGAAUUUCAUAUAUUCUUGGGCAUUUAAUGUAUUCUUGAAGAACAAUUAUAACAAAUUUUUAGUAUAGCGCUCGGCAUUUUAACUUCAUAAUACUCUAUGUGGUCAUAUAUAUAUAUAUAUAUAUAUAUGUAUGUAUAUAUGUAUGUAUAUAUUCUAACCCCAAGUACUUUCAUUACUUUCUUAACAAAUUAAUUCCAUGUUGCUGUGCUGUUAUUCAGUAAAUUAUAUAAAUCACAGAUGAUGUCCAAAUGUGGUAAAACUGGCAGGCAAGGCUUAGUGAAAUGUGUCACUGAUGUUUUUACCACAUUUUCAUGUCUCCUGUAAUCUAUUACUGUACAUACUCAGGACAACAUAGAAUCUUUUUGUUUAAUAUGAUAAAAAAGCAAAAUGUUGUUAAUGCAACUAUAACCUGCAAUGAAUAGAACAUGAAUAAGAACCAAUUCAGAAUUCAGCUUUUUACAUAUUACUAAUGUUAAUCAAACUCGUAUAAUGUACAUUCAUUAUUUUUUCCCAACAUCCAGACCCUUGCAGAUUCAAAAGCUGUUGAUAGCUCAAGAAGCAUCAUUUUGAAAACUACUGAUUAGGAAGAGGUUUAAAAUUAUAAGAUUACUCUGGUUCAUAAUUGUUGCAUUUGUUUUUCUUAAUUUUCAAUUUUAGCUCCUCAUCUAAUAAUUCAACCAGCACAGCCAGACAAUACCUACUUUUCCUUGACGGGAUCAACCUUCUUGUUGAACUGUACCAUUAAAGGGGAGAAUGUACAUGCGUUUAAUUUAUCAUGGUGGCACAAUGGAGAACAACUAUCCAGAAGUAAAACACGACAAAUUGACAAUGCCACACUGCAGCUGCAGUUAUUGAAUGCAAAAACUACUGAUAAUGGAAUUUAUUGGUGUAAUCAAAUUUCUGACACAAAAUCUGGAGGAAUAAAUAUCUCACUUUCUGUGGCAGGUAAUAACUUAUUUAUAGGAUUUAGAGCUACCAAAUACGAGCCCACCAUGUAUGUAGGAAAAUUUAUAAGCUCCCUGCCCCACAUUAGCAACCAACUUCCCCACCACACAUUAGAGGAGUUUUGAAGAUUACUUCUUUACUAGCUUACAAUCUCUUAAGGUACUCUGUACUGUGCAUUUUCACCUUUUUUUUUUGUAAUAAUUAUUACUCUUUGCUGAAAAUGGUGAAGAUUGAAUCAGUGCCCACUCUCAAGGUCUGUUAACUUGAAAAGUACCCAGAGCUGUUAAUUGCUCUGAAUACCAUAACAAUGCUCCUCCUCCCCCAUAGGUCUUCAAGAUCUAUAAACUAUUUCUCAUAUCUGAUGAGGCUGAUUACAUGACCUCCAAGGAAUGUCCCCAACCUAAAUGUUUAAUUGAUGGGAAUGUGUUCAGUACACCCAAUAAGUUUGAUCAGAGAACAUGCCUAAAACCAUGACAUUCCUAUGGAGACACUAUGGGUGGUGGAGAGCUAACUUUCACUUGAUAACCUUUUCAGACGUCCUCUAUCUCAACAGCCACUAUGAUCAUGGCAUCAAUGAUACAUUUCACACCUCACCUCUUAACCCUCACUUUUCACCUGUAACCCAAGACCUUUCCACCUUGUACCUCUUGUCCAUGACCAUCCUAGUCACUAUUUACCCUUAAUUUAGCCUUAACCCUUUACAGUACACCCUAACAUCAGCAUUCAUAUUCUCCAUACUGUUCUCUGUACAUUUAUUAAGGUGCCGAGAAGGAGAAAUUGUUCAACAAUCAAGAGCUUCUUUAGUUGGUGAUCAUUUCCUUUAUUCUCAUGAUGCUAAUGUUUGAUUCAGGGGUGAUAUUGUAAAGGAGAAAUUCUUAGAUGGUUGAGUCACUUUUAGGGUUUAAAGGGUAAACCUCUCUUCUAUCACUGCAUCAACCCUCUAACUCCCAGAUCAAAUUUGUCAUUCCCCUUACUGUUGACCAUACAAUUCUUAUAAUGCUAGUUCAGAGAAUUAAGCAGUAGAUUAGCUAAUUAUUCCCAAAUUUAUAUUUUUCUUUAUUCUCAUCACUUAUCUGGUUGAUAUUAAAUUGAUAUUGUAAGGAGAAAUUCUGUCUAGGUCACUCAUAAGAGUUAACCCUUACACUCCCAAGAUCUCAUGAUUAAUUCUCCUCACUGUCAGGUCAGGCAUACCCCUCUUAUGAUGUUAGUUAAGGGAAUUUAGACUUAGAUCAACCUAUAAUCCCUGAACUGAUAUUUUUUUUAUUCUUGUCACUAGUCUGCUUAUAUUAUAUUGAAACUGUAAGGAGAAAUUCUGUCUUGAUCACUCAUGGGAGUGAAAGGGUUAAAGGGUUUAAAUUUCCUUUGCCAGUUGGUGCUUACUCAUCAGUCCCUUUGACCCCAAAUAGUGAUAAGCAUCUUAUUUCUCCUGACAGUGUUACACCUGAAUCCAACAUUAAGGUCAUCAUGAACUCAAGAAGCUCUUUACGGCUAAACAAAUUUUCCUUGUAUAUUACAGCUCAGAGAUACAUGCCCUUGUGAAAAACACGUUAAAAAAAGCGCACAUACAUGUUUCUUUGGAAUUGUAUAAUUAUUAUUACAUUGAGAGAAUAGUAUGAAGAUCUUCCAUACUAUUGUUAGGGUAUAAAGGAUUAACCCUUUAACUCCCAAGAUCUGAUUGUUAAUUCUCCUCUCUAGCUGUUACACUUUUUCUAGUAAAUUAUUGAGGAGAAUUCAGUGUCAGAUCAAGGUGAAAACUUUGACAUGACAAGUCUGAGUAUUCUCAUUACCUGUUUGCUGGAUAAUGUAUAUACUGGUAUAUUAUAAGGAGAAGUUGCAUUCUGGGAGUCAAAGGAUUUAACUUACAGUGUGUGAAACAAUGUAAGUAACCUUUUGUUCUCUUCUUAUUUUCUGACUUAUUUUGCAAUCUUGUGUUUCCUUCAGACCCACCUAGUCCACCACGUAAUUUAAAAUGGAGUGCUAUUGGUGCUAUGAAGAGGGAAGUUCAUUUGUAUUGGGAAGCUUCUAGCUAUACUGGUGGCUUACCAAUUGACUAUUCUAUCAAGCUUUGUUUAAAUGACUCAGUAAUGAAACCAGCACUGCCAUCAGCACUUACCUGCAAAUGGAUUGAUAAAUGUCAUUAUUUAAAUGCUCCCAAAAACGAGAGACAUUUAUCAUGCAUACUGAAGGGAACUGAUGAUUUUAUUCCUGGUUGUGGAACUGAAUGUAGUUACUCCAUCUAUGUUGUUGCUACAAAUGCUGUAGGAAGUACAACCAGUGCGAUUUUCUUACCAAUUGUCCACUUAUUUCAAGGUAAUUUUUAAUAUUCUUGAUUCAUGUCCAUUGGUUAGCUAUAGCUGAUUUGGGUUAGGGUUAGGGUUAUAAUUUGGUGUUAUCUUCUAAGUUGAUGAUGUAAAUUGGCCACUGUAAAGAGUUUCUAGAGCUGAAAUUUCUUGUCUUAGCUCUUCAACAGAGUCAUAAAGAAGGAGUGUCAUUAAAAGCUGGUUACUGACACCUGUAAGACUUGACUCUCAAUGCAGUCCAUUUAGCUUAUAAUGGAUGACACAGCUGCCCAUGACACCAUUGGCAGCUGCUCGUGGAUAAAAGGUUUUGAAACUCCUGAUAAAGGAAUAUUGGGAUUUCUUUGUUCACUCUGACGAAGGGCUAGCCAUCAAAAUGGAAGCUUUUGAAACUCCUUACAGUGGUCAAUUUAUAUUUAUAUAUAGGCCCCCCCCCCUCCCCCCCCUUCUGCAACUCCACAAUGGAAUAUCCUUUGAAAAAAUACUGUGGUGUGGACUGAUAUCCUUUUGUGCCGAAGGAAGAAAACAGUAUGCUUAUUCCCUUCAUGCUAUGGAAACUGUGAUAGGCAUUGCAACUGUCUGCCACUAAGCAUGUGACAGUCUAUGAAUGACCUAUGUUAAUCAAUUGUUAUUGUGUUUUUAUCAUUGAACUUUCAUGGUUAUGAUAGUUUUGCAAAACCAUUUGACCAUGCAAAAUUUUUUUUACUCUUCAGCUACACCUAGGCCACCAGAAGAACUCACAGUGAAACAACUUUCAAACAGGAAUCAGGAAUUGAAAGUUUCUUGGGCAGAAAAAAAGGAUUGGCGGUACAUUGAUAUUGAGUAUACAGUACUCUACCACACAUGGGGAGACAAACACAAUAAGGUUUGUUUCUUCGACACACAUGUAGAUUGUAAAACAUUCAAAGAAUUAGGGUUACUUGUGUCUUAUUUGUUGUUUGUUUGUGGACAUGGGGAUUAUAUAUUUUUACACAUUUCCUGGUAUCAUAAUCUAGCUAUUCUGUGUUACAUUCUGCACGCAUGCCUAUUGGCCCAUCCAGCCAGAGGUUAUCCCAUGUAGCAGGAAGCAACCAGUAAUGUUACCUCUUUCCCUUGGGUGGAAUGCUAGUCCCUCACAAGGUUACUCCCCAGCAUUUCAUCAGUCUACCUGACAGUUCGCUUGUACUUGUUUGUACUCCUGGGUAGAGAGGGCACUGUGAGAGUUUAAGAAGCUAAGGUGCCUUCCCUAAUAACACAAUACAAUUCGAUCCGGCCGGGUCUUGGAGUUCACUGCAUCUCCUAUUGUUGAUUUCACUUUGUUCAGAUCCAACUUUAUGCUCAGUGAUGGCCUUUGGUGAAGAAAGGUUUCUUAAAUAUAAAAUCAAGUUUGAGUUUGAUUUUUCAAAGUUAUUUUCAGCAUUUUCCUCUUUUGUCUUCUUUAUUUCAGACUGCUGUUGUCAAAAAUAAACAGUUCACUAUACUAAUAGGAUUGAAAGCAUUUACAUAUUACUAUGUGUACUUGAAAGUCAGAUUUUUAAACGAUAACUAUGCCAACUCUGCGUACAGUGACAUCGUAGGGCCACGUAUUAUCAGGACAUCACCAGGAGGUAGGUCAGGUCUUUCAGUAUGUAUAUUCUCCAUACUGUUCUCUAUACAUCUACUGAGGUACUGAGAAGGAGAAUUUGUCAAACAAUCUUUCUUUAGUUAGUAAUGAUGUCCUUUAUUCUUGUGAAGUUAUUGUGUGAUUCAGCUAUGAUGCUGUAAGGAGAAAUAAGACGCUGGUCACUCUUAGGGGUUAAAGGGCUAACACCCAAGUUCAACUUCCAAUUGCCAACCUCUACAGAUCAACUGGCUGUAUCGUCUUUCGCUAUUGACUCUCUAUUGACUCUCUAUAUUUGGGAAUGCACAUCACGUAGCUUAUUACGGCCGUUUGAUAGGUUGCAAAAUAGGGGCUCCUCGCGCACGUGAGUAUCAUGCGCACUAGUGAUAUCCGUGCGGGUCCCCCCCCCCCUUCGGUAAUGCCCAAGGGGUAUUACAAGAGAAUUUGGUUUUAUCAACUGAGUUGAUAAUGUAAAUUGGCCAUGUGAGGAGAUAAUAAAGCUGAACUAAUGUAGGCCUGAGCAUCCUCCUUUGUGAAACUGACUUAUAUCAUACACACUAUAUAUAUUUUAAAUCGAUUGCAGUUCCAGUCAAUCCGCCUGUAGUGGUAAGGGAUCGUUCAGACAUCUUCCCUGGUAAUUCAAGCCUCAGAAAUGUAACUGUAGAAUGGAAGGUAAACACAAGUGAAUCUUGCUCUCGAACAUUACCGACAAAAUACAACUUUAACUUUAGUUGUUCACGAUUUAUUUAAAUAUUUUGACCGCCGGAUGUCGAAAUGUUAUAUAUCAAUGUAAAGAAAAUAAAUAUCCUCGCCAGUGAGCUGAUGAACCUUCAGACUUGAGCUGGAAUCGAACCCGUGCCUCUAAGAUACUCGAUACAUUUGAAGGCGUCACUACCAACUGGGCUACGAAGCCAUAUGUUGUGAACUAAACAUUUUGCAGUUUAUUUUUCAUUCUCGUAAAGGAACCUGCUCACAGUCAAACGAAAUAGACCAUAUUUAGACAUAAAGAAAUGUUCAUUGCAGACGGGUUCCAAUUGAAGAAAUUGCAGAAAACCUCAUUCAUCAGUUGUGCUGUAUGCCGAGUGCGAUCAAUUGUCAUUUCUUGACCAAUCAAAGCGCGCUUAGCUUAACAUCGCGAUCAAUCUAAGCAAAAGAGAUUACUCCAAACAUCAUAACCUCAUUCUCAGGUCCUCUCUUUUCCUCCCCCGAGAAAGAAGCAUACUUUCUCGAGGCAGGAAGGGACUGUCAUGCAUGGAUGAAGAAAAAAAUAUAACAUAGGAAUCUUCCACUGUUCUUUUCAGUUGGCAGACAUUUCUUCAUGGCGUGGUACUCCCAGUAAAUACAUGGUUUUUUGUAAGCCCCACAACGUUGGCAAGGGACAAGCUCAAACUUUGGAGUACAGCAUAGAUGCCACUUCAAACAAGACCACUCUACCGAAACUAAACUCUCGGACCAAAUAUAACGUUUACCUGAAGAUGUGUAACAAAGAAAAAAAGUGCAGUAACACUGGUGAAUCGUACAUCAUCAAAGAAGUGCAAGGUGAGUGGGAAGGAUAAGGGAAAUAUUGAAUGUGUGAGACGCCUAUAGACCUGCAUGAAGUCUAAGAGUUUAAAAGUGAUAUUUUAGCUUCACGUUGAGGUAUUGUACAGUUUAACCAGCAUUCUCGAAAACCAACCGUUCAUAAAUGUGUUCUUGUACCAUUUAUUUUUGUUUGUUUUCGUCUGUUUUAUCUUUUAUAAUCUUUUAAUUUACUAUUCUUUCCUCAGUUUCUCUGAAUAAUUGUACCAAGGAAAAAUUUAUAUUUCCCAAUAUUUUUCACCGUUUUCCAGGGGUUAUCUGUUGUUGAUUUUUUACCUACCUCUUUAAAUUUUAGCUUCCAGUUUUCUCUGAUGUUCUCGCUUUAGUUACCCUCCAAAACCACGCAUAGUCCAUGUUUACUUUUUAUUUACGACUUUAUAAUUGCACGCACUUCUGUUUAGGACCAUAUUGUCUCCAAGUGCACUGCUUUGUUUUGUUUUCUUUUAAAUUGUACAGGCUGUUGGUCAGAAAAAAUUUCUUGAAGCACGUACUUACAGUGUUAUCGCUUUGUUUAGAGAAAGAAACACAAUCAAACUAUCAAAAGAAACUGAGUACUAUACAGAUAGUCUUGCUGUCCAUUUCAGCGGUCAUGGUUUUCGUAGCAGUUCUAUGUGUUGUAUACUUAUUCAGGUACGCAAAAUGUUUGUCAAUAUAUAUGUACCACCAUCACUUGCCCAGGUUUUACUGCGUUAUUGAAGGCCCUUCAAUCUAACAAAUAGAUUCCACGGUACUGUGCGUCUGUUUAAUGAUAAAGAGUUUUAGAUCCACGUUUGGUGUGUUUACUGCAACGUCAAACCGCGGUCAGCAGUUUGUGGUUAGAAGUUAGAAUUUCCGUGACUUUCAGCUUUUUAGAUCGACGUCGGCUUUCAACUGAAAAAAAUCAACAUGUUCACCUCCAUCUUGAAUGACACAAAGAUGGAGGUCCUUCAUUUCAUACACAAAAUGUAGCUAAAAGAUUGGUUUUGUGGCGUCCCAAACGGAUUGGUAAUAAAGGAAAGACCUCACCUCACAUAUAUUUAUAGGACAUAGGUGAGAACUUUCGAACAGGAAGAGAAAAAGCGUCGAUGAAGUUCAAGUACCUGUAACUGCCCCGCCCGAAGUUCAAACGUGGACGGCAAACGGCGCAUGUGACCGCUGGAGUCUGGUCACGUGACUCCUAGACGUUUGCGGUCACAUGUAUUUAUAAAAAAACGUGGAUAUAAAACUCCCCAAUAGAUCACAGAUGACGUUAAAAUGUGGUAUGUUCAAUUUGGCUAAAACUAGCAAAUUGAGCUUGAACAUAGCCUGCGACCACGCCUUCAUUAUACGCCCCGCCUGGAGCAACGCGAGCCGCAAGAGGUCUGCAAGGGGAGACCUCUCCUUGACUUCUCGUGAAUCUCUUCCCCUGCAGUGCGCACGGUGAGGGCCUGAUCGCAUGCUAACUGUAUGCGAACAUUAAAUUUUCACCAAAUUAUAACAUUUCCGUCUGUUAGUGAGAGUAUAUCAAAGUGCCGUUCGAAGGAUAUGGUGGUUGUUAACCACAGGAUAUUGUUUCAGUGUCCCUCGCCAAUUUAUGAACUCCAAACACCACGUUGUCUUUCGACCCAGUUUGUCUCUCGACCUAGUUUGUCUCAAUUUGUUCAUGUAAAUAUGCAAAUUAUUCCCUUUGUUCUUUCUUAAUACUUUAUUUCUUAAUUGUUCAGGAAAUGGCGAUGUGGGGAAGCAGGAAGGCAUACAUCAAACUUUCAACCUUUGGGGGAGCUUAUUCACAUUGAUGUGAGUAUCUUUUAUUUUGUCAGAUCCUUAUUUAGCUGCUUACUUGCUUCUGACCCGGUCAAGUGACACGUGGCUUUGACCUCAAUCUCUCUUUAAGUUCGCCGGAUUAUUCGAUAAAAACAUAUUCACUGAAGUAAGACGUGAUUUCUUUUGUUUGGUUUUGCAGCCUCCAGCUAACGAUUAUGAAUACGUCAAUUCGGACGCUAGCGCCCAGGUAGAAGGGGACUACGAUGAAAUUGAAAAAGGCGGAAACUAGUUUUGGUAGUCAAUUGAAAGAGCACUUUUCAACUGAGUGUUGGGAGCAAUCUGGGAUUGCACUGGUUUUGCCCGAUUUGUUUUCAUAGCAGUUUUAAACAAAGUGUUGAAAAACCAGAACCAAAGCCAUCGCAGAAACCAAUCAGAGCAAAGGUUAACAUAAUUUUUAGCCAAUGAGAGCUCAAAGUGGAAACAAACAGACUGUUGAAGCGCGGGAAAAAGGCUAAUGAUUAAGUCGCGAAUGUGUUUAGUUCUGUAUCUGGUUGGUUGAGAGGAUGGCGGGAGUUUUCUGGACCAAUCACAGAGCAAAGUUUUAAAAGCGUACCAAAGUGAAACCCAAGCAGUCCGCUCAUAGGAUGCCAUCUUCCGGCAUUUCACCAAUCUUUUUAUCAUUGGAAAGAUUACUUAGUCAUGCAACUGUCUGUAAAUGACAAUUUAACGUUAAAUUAGAAAAAGAAGAUGAUCAUUGACGCGAUAGAUUAUGCACAUUUACUAAUAAUUGAUAGAUGUACUAAUAGAAAGAAAACAGCAAGAAUUUUUAAGGAGGAAAAUUUUAAGGAGUUAUUAUUGGAAUAAUAAGAUUUCUGUGUACGCUCCUACCAAACGAAUUUAUUUAGUUCUGUGUUUUAUUGUAUUAUUUUGCUUUAUACAAGAAUUUUACGAAUGCACAGACAUUUUCCUGAUUGUUUGAGAUCUCUUUUAGUUUAUAUGGGCAUCUAAGCCUUGAACGUCUUUUAAUCUUUCACGCGUGUUUUGGAGCUAUUGCAUACGAGAGGAGGGGAAAACAUUUUUGCUGAUGCACCUCGCAAACUUUCCUCUGUAAAGGAAGGUGUUAUCCUAAUAUAGUAUCUAGUCAUCAUUAAUUUACAGGAAUAUGGAUGAGAGAAUUGUAACAUGGGGACAUAUUUGUGGACAUGGAAGGUCUAAAACGGUUCAUGCAGAACUUCAGAAUGGCUUCAAGUCUGAAUAGGAAAGAAUUGUUCAAUAAUACAUUUGAAAUUGUUUGCAUUAUUUAAGGAAACUUGUAUAUCUGUACGUGAGAUUUGUAAAGCUGAAUACUAGGUUGUCAAAAGCACAGCUACCCACAACAAGUUCUAUUUAUUAAUGCUUAUGUGUCGUGUAAAUAUUUUAGACCAGUAGCACAUACUUUUUAUGAGUGUUAUUUAAUAUAACUUAUUUGAAUUAUGAAUUUUUGUAUUUGCAAUUUUGUACUUUCCCGAAUCGACGAUUUUCACCUGUAUUUUAUAAUAUCAUAGUGCACGUGUGUGU